GGGAUGCUGUGAUGGGCGGAGCUCCCGGCCCAGCCCCAGAGGCCCCUGGGCUCAGGGGCCCACUCGGAUUGUGCCAGAGAGCGAGAGGGGAACUGGGCUUUGUGAGCAUUGUGGCUUCUGUUUCCUGUUUCGGCAAGGUUGCUGUGCAAAAGAAAGAUGGUACAAGAAGGGAAGUGCUGAGGCCUAGAGCCAUGGACUGAGAACUUGCACUUUACUUGGUCCCUGCAGCAGUGCCCACUGAGACCAGAGCCGCGAUCUGCCGGGACUGCGGGACGUACCUCAGAAGCUCAGGAUCUGGAGAUUCGGGCGGCUGUUCAAGGAACUGGACACCAAGCACAACAGGUGCCUGGGAGGGCGUCAUGAUCGGCUCAGGCCCCAGGCGCCCCCCUGGCUUGGCACGGUGGGCUGAGAGCUAUGAGGUCAAGUGUGAGCGACGGCAGGAGAUGCGCGAGAGCCGCCGCCUCCGGCCCAAUGUGACCACCUGCCGCCAGGUGGGGAGGGCGUGGAGGACCCAGCAGCGAGAGCAGCUCCAGAGAGCACGGCAGCUGCAGUUCUUCAGGAAGAGGAACCUGGAGGCAGAGAAGGGCCAGGCCCAGCCUCUGCGGGCCAGCGAGCAAGGCCACUGCAGGAGCGCAGGCCAGGCAGCUGUCUUCAAGGAGCUGCUGUCGGACCCCAAGAGGAACGCUUCCCCGGGACAGCAGGUGACAGGGACCAGCCCCACGGCCUUUCCAACCCAGAGUCGUCCCCCCUCAAGUGUCCACAGGGACCUGGCUGACCACUGCGGGGCCCUUCCACCACGAGACUCUCCCACCAGGAGGCCACCCAAACACCACCGCGGCACUCAGACAAAGGCAGAAGACACACAGCCAGCAAUCAAGAAUGAUGCCAGUCAGCAGACCAAUUGCGGAGUCGCAGUUCUGGAUAAGGAAAUCAUCCAGCUUUCCGAGUACCUCAAAGAGGCCCUACAAAGGGAACUGGUCCUAAAACAGAAAAUGGUGAUUCUCCAAGACCUACUCUCCACCCUGAUUCAGGCCUCUGACCGCUCCUGGAAGGGACAGCUCAAUGAGGACAAGCUGAAGGGCAGACUGAGGUCCCUGGAGAACCAGCUCUACGCCUGCACCCAGGUGAGCAACCUGUCAGCUCGUGAAUCAGAAAAUUCUGGACCCUCAGUCCUACUUCUGGAAAUGUUCUCUUACCUGGGUCUGGGGUGGGCCCUCUCACUCUGCUACUUCGUUUGUCACGUGACUGCCUCCAGCCUCCCCUUCUCCUGCCAGGAUGUUCCCUUUGCAUGCUGGGAAGGAAUUCAUCAGCUGCAAGGGAACCUUGAGAAUACCCCACCAUCCGGAGAAACCCUUGGUAGAUUCUCACCACCCAGCCAGCAUCCACAGUUCCCAGUAGGGGUUUUGGUUUUUGUUCUCUGCCUUGAGACAGGGUUUCCCUAUAUUCCCCAACUAGCCUUGAACUUGGGGCAGUCCUCCUGCCUCAGCCCCCUAGACAAUACAGGCAUGCGCCACAACUCUUGGCGGGUCCCAGUAUUUGAACAGAUGCACUGGAUAUUAUCAGGAAUAAUAUUUGUUUAUUUGCUUAUGGGAAUAUCUUUAAAAAUUAAGGCUCUAAGCAAAGGUGUGAAGAGGUUCUCUGCAAGAAAUCCGCUAGCACAUACAAGUUUCUUGUGUUUCCCAACAGGUAUGCUUCAGAAUCAAUCCUUACAGCUUCAAGAACAGGAGAAACUCUUACAGAAAGAUCAGGCUUUGCCUAUGUGGACAACAAAGCCUUCCCUGGAAGUGGAGCCUGAGAGUACAGGGAAGGACAAAGACUGGGAUCUCAGAGACCAGCUGCAAAAGAAGACUUUGCAGCUCCAAGCCAAGGAACAGGAGUGCACAGAACUGCAUUCAGAGUUAGACAGCCUCAGUGAUGAGUACCUCUCCUGCCUGCAGAAGCUACAGGACUGUCGCGAAGAGCUGAACCACAGCCAGCAACUGCCUCCCACAAGGCAAUGUGGCCGAUGGCUCCCAAUACUGAUGGUGGUGAUCGCUGCAGCACUGGCAGUAUUCCUGGCCAACAAAGACAGCCUGACAAUCUGAAAAGCUUGUGACAAUUGCCGGGGAUAAAAACAAAAAACAAGCAAUUCAACAAAAAUCUCAGGUUUGGUUACUUCAUAGCUUGGGUUCUCCCUUCAAAUAAACUUGGAUUUGAGGUUUUUCUAAGAUACUGUAAACAAAUUUUACCUCACUGAACUGUUUCUUGGAAGUCUUGAUUUAUUUGUGAAUAACAUGAUCAUCUCCCAAGUGUGAUACGUAAGCAUG